AUAUGGCUACUGCCAAUAUCAAUCUAGUAAUAUAUCGCUAUGGUCAACGGAUUCAGAUUUUAUAGUACAUCACAAUUGAAACAUAAAACGGCAAGGCAAAAAACCGCGAUGUCGAAGCUUGUAAUAACUUACCGAAAGAGGAAAAAACGUACAGUAACACUGCCAGCAUCAACACCAGUCUUAAAUCCAAAAGCCUGUGUGUUUUGUCUCUCAGAAGAAGAUAAUGAAGAUGAUUAUGGAAAAUUAAUCAUGAAGUGUGAAAUUACAGUUCAUUAUUUUUGCCUGUUGUUUGCCAGUGGUUUAAGUCAAGGUGGCAAAGAGUCGAAUGGUGUGAUGGGGUUUCUUCUCUCGGAUAUCAAGAAAGAGCUCAAGAGAGGCAGCAGGCUUCGGUGCUCAUACUGCAAGGAGAAAGGAUCAACAAUUGGCUGUGUGGUGUCCUCCUGUCGGAAGACAUUUCACCUCUGCUGUGGCCGCAAGCUGGGGACCUUACACCAGUUCUUCGAUUCCUUCAGAUCCUACUGUCCCGAACAUAGACCACAGCAGACUUGCAAAAUGAGUGACAGGCUGGCAUUCUACGGCACAGCCAACACUGUCUGUUCUAUCUGUAUGUAUGCCAUAGAGGCCAGAUGUUCUAAUGACACACUGCGGGCACCAUGCUGUAAGAAUGCAUGGUUUCACAGGACUUGCAUCCAGAAAUAUGCAGUGUCUGCAGGCCUCUACUUCUUUAAGUGUCCUCUCUGUAACAACAAAGAAUCAUUCCAAUCAGACAUGAUGCACUAUGGGAUAUAUGUGCCUGACCAGGAUGCAUCAUGGGAAAAGGAGCCUGGUGCGUUUGAUGAUCUUGCUCGAAGGUAUACACACUGUGAUGCUGAGACGUGUCGGUGUCCAGAGGGACGUUCCUACGACCGUGAUGCCAGCAAAUGGGAAAUUGUUGUGUGUGAACUGUGUGGUUCUGUAGGAAGCCAUAAGGCCUGCCAUGGACUGAAAGAAAGAACUAGUGACUAUGUAUGCUCUGCUUGUCUGGAAGUAGAAAAACGAUUAAAAGAAGAAAAGAAGAAUAAACUGUCGAAGAUUAAAUCAAAAAAGAGAAGUUGCAAGUCGUAUUACAAGUCUCCAAAAGAGUUGAAUAAACUCUUAAAGAGAAGGGCAGCAACUCUGUCUACAUGUGGUGAUGGGGAGUCACCAGUGUCCAGUAUGGGGAGUGACACGAGAACCCACCGGCAGACCGAUGUUGUGAGGCUGGUGCCAUGCGAUGAGGAUUUGGAAGUGGAUAUCAUGGGCGACAACAGCGAGGUGUGCUGUGUACAGAAACCUCGUAAAACCAAGAGACGUUAUCCAAAACUGGGGACAAGCGAUGUUAAAAAACACACAAGGAAAAAAAAAUGUAAGGCAGAAAAUUCUACAACUUCUAAUGAAAGGUUGACACCUGCGAAUGAGCCAACAAGAAAACUUAAGCAGGUUAGUAUAAAAAAUUUCACCAUGUCCACGGUGACAGGUGCAGGCUUACAGUCAUUGGGAAUGCAUCCAUACCGACGUGGAGUAACGAAUGAUGCUAGACAGCAGGUGAAAGAGUGGGCCAUCUGUGCACCACCACUGCCAGUUGAGCCAGUCGGCACAGAUGUGGAUAGUUCAGAGAGUGAUAUGUGCUCCAUUGCUUCAGUGGAAGAUGAUGGCACACACAAAACCGUAACAAUAAAAUGGAGAGGCCGGAAAAUAAAAAUAUUUAAGGAAAUCGAGAGAUCGAAACACGGUAGUGCCGAAAUGCAUGGAUGUGACAGCACGUCCAAAUUGAGUCUCGUCAUGGAAGUAGAUGACAGCAGCAACACAGGGAAUGUUUCGAGCACAUCCUCUGCAGGGUUCAUAUCUUGUCACCAGCGAAGGUCAUCACUGGCAGAUACUGAUGAUGACACUCCUCCAAUGCUUGUUCCAGUUGACGACAAUGUUUCUAUGAGGUCCACACCGCAGGGUCGCAGGCUGCGGAAGGAAAAGCGUGUGAGAUCCGUUCCUGCCAAAAUGUCAUCUUCGUCAUCAAUGUCGGAUGGCUCCGAUUCUGAAGGCCCUCCUAUUUUGAGCCCCAUUAGACCAUAUUAUUCGAGGAGAGUUGAGGCUGGCAGAAUAACGAGAAGUAUGGAUAAACCACAGAAUUAUAAGACCAGAUUGUGUGCCAAUGAUUUCAUGGAGUCGCUGAAGAGUCCUGUGAAUGCCUCGACACAUGGGGGUGCCAGGCGGUCACUUGAAAAAAGUUUUGCUCCCGAUAAUUGUCAGUUUGCGUUUCCGCACGUAAAGAAGUGGAAGUUGAGAGAUGUUGAUUCCGAGAGUGUUCUUUCUUGUUCCAAUUCAGUUAUUUCAGUGUCGAGCAAUGGCGAAGAAGGAACAGUGGAUUGUGAUGAAGACUGCCAGAUAUUUGAACCGUCGCCUUGCAUUAUUGAAAAGACAGCAAACGGAGUUUCUCUGAGCACGCGGAUUGACAUCGGUAAUACAUUUGUGCAUAAACCAGUGGGCAGCAGGCCAAUCCACACAUCAGUAACAAGUCAGGGACAAGAGAUCAUUGAUCUGACAGAGAGUUAGAAUUAUAUGAAGGAAGUGCUGCCAUGGUACUCUGGAAAUAUGUUGAAAUUCUUAACAGUGAAUGACAGUAAUAUUGGUGUAUCUUUUGUCGGGUGCCACAUCCUGACAGAAUUUUCUUUUUUGACAAGAUCUUACACUAAUUAAUUCAGGCAAGAACAUUCUUACAGUAUUCGUUUAAAAAAAGAAAUUAAAGUUGACAUCAGAUUUGAAUAAUGGCAUAAAGUGUAUGGCUUUAUAAUUAGUGUGGCUUGACAAAGACCCGUAUGUUACUAAGAUGAUAGUAUUUUGUAAUUAGAAAAAGAGACAUUAGUGUUUUAAUUAGUUAAAGCUGAUAUAGUAUAAAUACUAUGUCUGACUGAAUUUAUAUUAUAUAAUUGGAGACAUAGUUUUCAACCUAUGAUUUUUGUCACUGACCAGCAAAAUGUUUUUAAAAAUUGUAUGUAGCUGCAUUUUGGCAACACAUAUUUGAUGCCCUUCUAUGUUGGGGUACUAUCUGAGAAGUGAAAUGUUUUAGUACUCCAAGACAUCAGCUAUAUUAUUAGCAAUUUUUACCUGCAAAAUAUUUUUUUUUUUGAUAUCAGUUGUAAUUUAUACAUCACGAACAUUUGUAAAAAUGGCAUAUUUAAAUUUGACAGAAAUUAUUUGUUGACUUAAUAGAACAGUAAAAAAAAAACCAAACCCAAAUCCAGUGACCAAUUUAGAAAUUGUAUUAUUAAAUCAGUAGGGAAGUAGAAAUUAGAAUACACAUUGAUAUGACAAAAUUUCAUUUGUCAUGGAUCAAGUUCAAAAAAAGAAGAUUUGAAAAUAAUUAAAACAAUUAAUACAUGUGAGAUCAAGGAUAUUGGGUCAGAACAAUUGUGAUUGCCGUUUUCUAAAAAACUGGAAAGAUUGAUGUUGAUUUGAUACAUAAUUGUAAAGUAUUCCAAACUUCAACUUUAUCUUUUCACCAGUCGGUCAUUGUGUGAUGAAGUUGGAUUAUGCCAAGUAAAACAUGAUUUUUCUUAGUUACCACAAACAAAUUUAUCCAUUUAUGAUAAAAUAUAUGAAUACAAAUUAAUGUGACAGAUGACUGCAUCUAUUAAUUUUUACAUAAUGUUUUUUUUCUCUCUUUUUUUUCUCUCUUUUUUACUACUAUCUGUCCCUCACUUCCACCCCUUCCUUCUAUCAAUUACAAAUUAAAAUUGAUCAAACAAGUAGCUGAAUGUCGUUAAAUAUAAUUAAAGAGAUUUGUUUUUACAAGUACUUGAUACAUGUUUGUUAUAAUUUACUUGUAGGCAGCCCUACAUUAUAUUUAUAGACAGCCCUACAUUAUAUUUAUAGACAGCCCUAUAUGAACUAGAAUUUUAAUUUUAUUACAUUUUAAUGUUCUAAUAACUUGUAUAAACCAGGAAUGUUUGAUGAUGGUUUCUUAAAUUUUGUAAAAAUAAAUUUAGCAUAUUUGUUUGAUGGAGUCUUUGUUGAAUUGUGGUCAGCCUCAAAUACAGUUUGGCUGAAUUUUGACAAUAAUUGAUUUUCCUUUUAUUAUUAUUAUUGUUUUGUCCUUUCAACAAAUAUUCUUGAUUAGCAUACUUUAAUAAUAAUAAUAAUUAUUUAUUAUCAUCAUAACCAUCAUCAUCAUCAAUCACUGUCACUGGUAUUGGUACAAAAUUUUCAGUUUCACUUUUCUGGAAAUAAUGUCAAAGGACAAACUGAAUGUGCUCAACUAAAAAUAUUUUUUUUAAAUUGAAAUGUAUGUAUAUAUAUAUACAAGCCACACAAUGUAUAUAGUUCACUAGUAGAUAUAUUUCUAUUUAGUCAAAAUAUUACAUACUUUAAAAAGAGGAUCCAACAUAUAUAUUUUUUUCCACACCCCUUCUGUUAUUUGUUAGGUAUUAAAAUUAUAUAUGUUUUAUAUUUGUAUAUAUAUGUGUAGACAUGUAAACAACUUAAACUUAUGUGAAUUAAUACCAAUAGCUCUUGAAGUUUAUAAAUUACAAACAAGUCCUCUAAAAAUGGUACCAGACACUUUUGACAGUUGAAUACACAAUUAGUAAGUAAUUUUGUCUUUAUUCCCCUAAAAUAUUCCCUGGAAACAGAUAGGACAAAUUAAUAAAAAAAAAAGUAAACAAAUUCUAAAAUCUUCCAAAAUUAUUAGCAAACUUUUUUAAAAUUACAACAAAACAUGGGACUUAAGAAAUAGCCAUUGUUUUAAUGUUAUUUACCAUUAUAUAUAAGAACCAAAUUUCCUAAAACACUAAUGUAAAUAAAGAAUAGAUCUUACAAUUGAUGUCUUUGUUAAUUUUUGUGAUGCAUCUGGCAUGGCUUGACUAAAUUUGCAGUCCGAAGUCAGGGUUCCAUAUGUAACCACUGGUGUCCUCUCAAGUUACAUAUUGAACCAGACAGUUUUAGCAUUUAUAUAUACGUAUAAAUUUAUUGUGCUACAUGGUUCAAUUCGUUGAAGCAUCAUAGAGUACAUAUUAAUUUAUAUAAAUAAGGUUUGUUUUGUUUAACGACACCACUAGAGCACAGGGAACAACAACCAUGGGGAUCUGCGUGACAGUGACCGAGGCUUAAGGAAACAUACAAAAAAUAUGUGUACUUUCUUACUUCAGCGAUAUGGAAGAAUAGUGAAAACAGUUUCUUUACAUAACCUAGGUGGCUGCUUUGUGCAGGUUUGAUGUAUUUUUAGCCUAAACGUCUAUUUAUAACAUUGGCUAUUGGAUGUCAAACAUUUGGUAAUUCUACAUUUUUCCAUCAGUAAAAAGGGAUUUUUUAUAUGCACCAUCCGACAGACAGGAUAACACAUGCCACGUCCUUUAAUAUACCAGUUGUGGUGCACUGACUGGAACGAGAAAUAGCCAAAAUGGGUCCACUGAACUACGUCCCGCCCUAUAUUAAUAUAUAUGUGCUUGUAGAAACAAAACACACUUUUUAAUAACACACUUUGUGUAGUUUUUAUGACCUUCAAUUAGCUUGUUAUGUUGGGGGUUUAUUUUGACUCAGACUCUAAUAGAAUCCGAGACAUUAAUGUCGUGACAACGCCAUACAAAUGGUAUGUCUGUGACAUCAUUAGAGAUUGAGUCUGGACUAGAUUUAUAAGCACAGGGCCUGAACAGCGUGUUUUCCAAUCUUGACUGGCUGACCUGAAUUGGGAUGAAUAGCAUUCCCGUGUCAUGCCUAUGUCACACUUUAAGAUAACAUUUUCAAUGACUGACCAAUAUAAUGCUGUGAACUGGAUCCAUAUCACUGUAGAAAUAAUAAAAAACCCCAUUAAUUUAAUGGGUUUUUAAAAAAAGAUUUAAUGUAACUAGAUUUAGAUCCACAAAAGUCAGUUAUUGUUGUUUACAGGGGAUGCAUACACACUUUCUAGAGUCUAAGACUACAUAAUCAUAUAUAGAGAAUAACUAUUUCAUGUCAUUAGCUAGUUAUUAUUUUUAUUUUGCAGUUCAUAAAAAUUAAGGGGAAAAGCUAUUAUUUCAACUACAUUGUAUGAUGACCUAGAGGUCAAAUUGCAGUAUUUGUCUAAGCUCUGCUCAAAUGGAGUCUUUAUUUUCAGAGACAAUGCAAAGUAUCACAUAUGCUUUAUAUCAGAAUAAAAGAUUAACUGUU